AAUCCUCAACCUCCCAAAGCGCUUCUUCGUCCCCAAAUCCAAAAUCAAAUCAAUCUCGAAAACCCUAACCCUAGAAAUCCAGCUUGCAGAAAUGGUGUGCAUACGCAAGGCCACAAUGGACGAUCUGCUGGCGAUGCAAGCCUGCAACCUCUUCUGCCUCCCGGAGAACUACCAGAUGAAGUACUACCUCUACCACAUCCUCUCAUGGCCGCAGUUGCUCUACGUCGCCGAAGACUACAACGGCCGCAUCGUCGGCUACGUCCUGGCCAAGAUGGAGGAAGAGAGCAACGAGUGCCACGGCCACAUCACCUCCCUCGCCGUCCUCCGCACCCACCGCAAAUUGGGCCUCGCCACCAAGCUCAUGAGCGCCGCCCAGAACGCCAUGGAGCAGGUCUUCGCCGCCGAGUACGUCUCCCUCCACGUCAGGAAGAGCAACCGCGCCGCCUUCAAUCUGUACACCGAGACUUUGGGGUAUAAGAUUCAUGACAUUGAAGCCAAGUACUAUGCCGACGGAGAAGAUGCUUAUGACAUGAGGAAGGAGCUCAAGGGGAAGAAAGUGCAUGCUCAUUCGCACCAUGGCCAUCACCACCACCACCACCACCACCACGAGGGCGGGUGUUGCUCCGCUGAGGCCAAGCCGGCCGAGACCAAAUCCAAGGCAGGGAGUGCCAAGUGAUAGAGGUAAAAAUUGAGCUAUGUCAGAAGAAUGUAUUGUUUUACUUUGCACUGUGGUUUUGAUACUGGUAUGUCUCGACUGUUUUGGUUUGUAUCUGGUGAAAAUGUAUGCCGUUCGAGUAUUUGGAACUUAGUUUUAUGAUAUUUCUAUUCAGCUUGAUGUUUAAAUACCUGCUCUGACUUGUGUGCUAUGUUGUGUGGUUUUCUAUUAAUUUACGGUUAAUUAUCAACUCCAUGUUUUUUCCGCUCUCUGCAAGUGAUUUUAUUCUCUUUGGUAGUAUUGCAUUGUGAAUAUGACAUGGAAUCGCGUUGCAUUGAUUGUGCAUUUAUCGUUUGUAUUUUGUGUGUUUUCUGAUUGGCAGUGUGUGCCCUUUACCACAUGCUCAUAAGAUAUAUGAACAUGGUUCUACCUAGCUCUAUUAUCUCGACUGAUUCUUAAGAAUCAGAAAUACAGAGUAAUACUGAAAUAUAGUAGGAAAUAUGACUAGAUUGCUCUGCUGGCUGAUUGAUAUCAGGAUCUCCAGCCCCAGCUCUGUUGUUAAAGGGCAGGAGGUACCAUUAUGCCCAAACGUGAUUGCUAGCUUCAUUUGAAACUUUCAUAUUUUCUGUUCAUAUGUUUCAAUUAGGAUCAUUUAUGAAAGCGCAUAUCUUGUCGUACAAGAGAUGGUUUACUUGCUAUAUGCACUUAUAAUGACCAACUGUGGUAACUUUAAAGGGAUGUGUUGUAUAAGGUGAUUGUGUCUGAAGUUAAAUAAUGUCAUCAUCUCUGAAGUACAGGGAAUGAAUAGCUUCCAUUCGAAAAUGUUACUAGUUUCUUUCCCUUAAUUUUUUUUUCUUUUGCCAAGUGAGUUGCCAUAGAACAAUUGAGAUCUGUCUUUCGUUUCAGUAGUUAAUUUGUUGGAUACAUAGCUUGCUAGGUAGUAAUCCUAUUCAAAGAUCUUGGCUUGCUUAGUGCUCUCUAUAGCGAAUCAAAAGCAUUUAUAAAGAAUAAAAAUUGCGUUGCUCUUGAAAAUCAUUGUAGGAAGUGUGAAUUUUUGCCUCUGGCAAAUAAAACCUCUCUCUAUGCUGAGCUGGUAUUCCACUGCUUUUAGGGUCUGGUUGCUCAUUCAUUUUCAGUAUUAACUAGAUUCCUUAAGUUGAAUAAGCCCAUUAUAACUUGGCACUCAUGCAUUGGAGUACGCCAAAUAAUUAAGGUUUUGUGAAAAGAGUGCUCGGUGUUUACUCUGGUCUGGUGUGCGUAACUGUCGUUACAUUUAAAUAGAAAGCUGGAGAAUGAUAAAAGUUGACAUUAGUGUAGUUGUCUUCUUUUUCUCAACUUUGGGAAUUUAAAUUCAAUGCACUGAAUGCAGUUUGAGAGGGAUGGCCAAUUUGAAAAAAGAAA